GAAGGUUCUCGAUGUUAAUCUCUCUGGUGUGUUGUCGAAACCUAGUUCUUCGAUCAGCGCGCUUGGCGAUCUAGGCGAAAAAGGUUUUGCAAGAGAAUGAUGGCGGCAGCAGCAGCUGCUACUGUUGUAGCGCCCCCAAAUGUGGUGCUGCGAUCGUGUUCCUUGAGCUCGCGGGGAGCUGGCGCCGCGGCGGCGUCUUACCCUCGCCUUCGUUUCAAUCCUCUGGCUGUGACGCCGUCGCCGCAAUUUCUCUCCAGGAGAAAUAUCAUCGCCCGGCAGCAGCAAUUCAUAUUUUCUUCUUCUUCCGUGGAGGAUGCGGCAUCAGUGAACACUAAAGUCGACGAUUCGUCCCAAGAGAAAAUUUCCAGCGACGAUCUCGAUACAUCGGUCAAGAACGUAGAAGUUGCAGCUAGAGACCUGGACGAGCAAGCCGAGAAGUCCAAGGCUGUGCUGGAGGAAGUGGUACAGAACCUCAAAGAUGUUGGCAAGCUCCAGGACACUUCUAAGCAGGUGUAUGCAGAGUCGGCAGAGAAAGCCAUGGGUGUGCUCCGGGACACGACCGAGCAGCUCAGGGAGCAAGCCGAGAAGGCCAGGGCCGUGCUCCUAGCCACCGCCCAAGAGACCGCCGGCAAAGGCAAGGAAAAUCUCACCAUGCUCGCCGAGAGCUCUUCCGACCCGGUGCUCAAGGACAUUGCCGAGACGGCUCUGAACGCUCAUUUCGUAGAGACGAGCAAGAAGGCUGCCAAGAUCCACGACUUUUGCCUGGGAAUUCCUUACGGGAGCAUUCUCCUGGGAGGAGGCAUUCUAUGGUUUUUGUUGACUGGAAGUACUGCAGCGCUGCGUUUUGGAGUGUUUCUGGGAGCUGUAGUUUUGGCUCUGAGCAUUACGAGCCUUAAAGUCUGGAAGCGCGGAGGAUCGUCGGCAUCAUACAUUUUCGGACAGGGAGCUAUCGCGUCGCUUUUAGUGAUUAGAGAGUUGAGGAGAUUCUCGGAGGUCCGGUUGUUCUUCCCCCACGCGGUCAUGGCGUUGCUCAGUGCUGCAAUGUUGGCAUUUUACACUUACGUCUACGUCUCCGGAGGCAAUCCUCCUCCAAAGAAGCUCAAACUGGAGCCAUCCGGUAAGGCCGCAUGAGCUCAAAAACUCAAGAGGCCAGUUUUGUAGAGUGCAGCGCAGUUUUAGAAGAUAUAGCGAUGGUAGAUCUAGAGAAGAAAAAUAAAAUGGUUUGUUUAAAGAUGUCUAAGUAUGGUUUAAAAUUUACAGAUCUAUUAAAGUUUUUUAUAA